AUGGUGCCGCUGGAGAGCAAUGAACACACAAUGUACACAACAUUACACAGGCCAUUAUAACACAGUGUCUUUGUCUAUUAAUGCUGAAAUGACGGAAGCACUUGAACUGAUGACUGGAGCGUCAAUACUCAGCUGCACUAAAAGCAAGCACAUUGACACAAACCCAGGACUGAGCUCCUCUGUCAGGAUCAUGGGAGAGAAUGGUCCUUUCACAGAGACCGACAUGCUCUUUGAAGAUGAAGAAGAGGACAUAGACAAACUGGCCAGAGAGGAGGAAGAUGAAGACAAGUUGGCCAAUUUUGACAAAGAUGACUGCAUCAUUUCGGGACCCUCAUCCUCCUCAAGAAGGAUUUAUGAUCGCACCACCGUGCUCAUCGAGCAAGACCCCAUCCGAUUGGAUGAGGAAGGAGAGGAGGAUGGGAUGACCUUCUUGCAGGAUGGCGAGGGGGAUGAGGGUUCCAUGGCCUUCAUGGCUGACCCGGAUGGCAUGUCGCAGGGCUACAUUCACCACACCAUCUCUCCAGACCAGAUCCAGUUCAUCAUUAACCCGGGCUCCACGCCUAUGCCACGAAACAUUGAGGGGGCCACACUGACGCUACACUCCGAGUGCCCAGAGACCAAGCAGAGAGAGGUGAAGCGCUACCAAUGCAUGUUCGAGGGCUGUACGCGCACAUACAGCACGGCUGGCAACCUGCGCACGCAUCAGAAGACGCACCGCGGUGAAUACACAUUUGUGUGCAAUCAGCAGGGGUGCGGCAAAGCCUUUCUUACAUCCUACAGCCUGAAGAUCCAUGUUCGCGUCCACACGAAAGAGAAACCCUUUGAGUGUGAUGUUCAGGGCUGCGAGAAAGCCUUCAACACACUCUACAGACUGAAAGCACACCAGAGGCUGCACACUGGGAAGACCUUUAAUUGUGAAUCAGAGGGAUGCACUAAAUACUUUACCACACUCAGUGACCUGAGGAAGCACAUCCGCACACACACAGGAGAAAAACCAUUCCGGUGUGAUCAUGAUGGCUGUGGUAAGGCUUUCGCUGCUAGUCACCACCUGAAAACACAUGUACGGACACACACUGGAGAGAAGCCGUUCUUCUGUCCGAGUGGCGGCUGUGAGAAGACCUUCAGCUCUCAGUACAGUCUGAAGAGUCACGUUCGUGGUCACGAUAAAGGCGCACCCUUCACAGUGAGUCACGCACUCUCAGAGGAUGCGAGCCACUCGCUGUGCCUCAGUGAUUUGAGUCUCAUUUCCACAGACUCUGAACUCCAGGAGAACUACAACUCUCAGAAAUUGGAUCUGAACAGCGUCACUCCCAUACGGAUCUUUGAGCUGAUGUUCCAGAGUCCAGAAAACAGUGUCAGCCAAGAUGACCCAGAACCUACUGAUAACCUUGUGGAGUCGUUUGGCCUUGAACCGUCACCUCAGCCCCCUCCAUCUACCUCUUCCUCCUCCUGCUCCAUCACAACACCUGUUUUGGAGGCUCCGGGUCUGCCUACAACAAUCCCCUCACAGCCAGCUCUGCCUUCCGCUGUCAGCAGCUCAUUACUGACCCCGCCUUUCCCCUCGGACCCACCCACCUCUUCACACUCAUCAGACGUACCCGCUUCAUCUGCACCCACAGUUGCCCAGCGCUAUGUGGCUUUGUCCCCCUCGACUCGGUUGGUGCCCCCGCCAAGUGCGCCUAGUGUCUCUUGCACGGCGGCCACGUCGACAGAAGUGAUGGCGGCAGAAACGCACACAGUGCCUUUGGCUGCUCCUCCCACCAUCGCACAAACGCUUGGCCUGCAGCCCAGCAUCGUCAUGUCUGAUCACAACCUGCAGUGGAUCCUCAGCAGUGCCGCAAACGCACAGCAGAACCCUGAACAACAGGGUCCAAAAGUCGAAAAGGUUUUUUUUACAACAGCUAUACCAGUCGGCGGACAUUCAGGGAACUCAGUGCAGCAGAUCGGUCUUAGUCUGCCAGUUAUCAUCAUAAAGCAGGAGGAGUCGUGCCAGUGUCAUUGUGCAUGCAGAGACUCGGCGAAAGACAAGAGUGCUGCCGCCUCAAUCCCAGAGUCAAAGAACGCAUCGCCGCCUCCUGCUCCCCCACCUCCUCCUCCUCCUCCUCCUCCCCAAAUCUUCCCCGAACCCACUAUCUCCUGCUGCCCAUCAGAAAAAAAGAGCCCCGUUAUACCCCAUGCAGAGCCCCAGCAGGACAACCUGUCUGCUCUGGUCACCCCCAUUCCCACCACCGAUGGCCUGGCCAACAUGGAUGUGACAGAUCUGCUCAGCCCAGACACCACGGCCAACAUAGAAGCCCUGCUUAUGGUCGCAAACGAGUUCUCCUUGGCUGAUGGGGAAGGAACAACACCCCCUAGAUUAUGCUGAGAUUUAGGUAGUGUAAGGAUGUGCAGAUCACACUUGUAACCCUGCUAAAGACCAAUGCAUCUUCCUAGGUGUGUCUUUAAGAGGCUUAUUCUGCCAUACAAAGGCAAAAUGCAGUAACAACUGCAACACUAAAACUGAAAAUAAGGAAUUUUAAGUUUUUUGAUUGUCCACUCUCUCUGUUUUCUCUGAAAAUGAAUCAGUUUUGACAAAAUGUGUAGUUACUGUGUUUUACCUUUGCAGGACAGUUUUGUGAGGCAUAUGUCCUUGAUCCAAGUUUGCAGUGGAUUUGCAUCCUUGAUCACAGAGCACAGAAUUUGCAGGCAGGGCAGUUUAGGGUGAACUAGUGGAGUGGGAUUACACCCAAGUUGCUUCCCAUUCUGCAUUGCACGGAGCCCCUUAGAGGACAGGGAGGAAAUUAUUUAAAUGUAAACGAUUUUGAAAGGAAUAAACCACAGGUGUGCACUGGUCACUGUGAAAUGGAUUCACAUUUGCUUAUAGAGAUUUAUCAGAAAACAGGAAGAGAUUUUGCCCGGUCGCUUGCUGUACUUGAGUUUAUAACUUGAAUUCCAAGAGAUUGAUGGGAAUGUACUGCAUUCUUUCAACACAGUUUGUGGGCAAUUAAGUAAUCUACGCAUUAAAAAGUAUUUUAUGUGUAAUUUAUUAGAAAGGCUGCAAUAGUCAUGAUAAUGUGAUUUAUGAUUUAUGAUAGAGGUUUGUUUGGCUGCCUAAGACUUAGUAUUUAGUAUUAUAUAUGUUAAUUUAUUAAAAUACUUAAUUGUUUGAUAAAUGUAGAUCUUUUUCACAAAUUUUCAAAAAACAUUUUCUUCUUUUAUUUUUUCUCUGCGACCUAAGUAAGAUUGAGACUAACUUUAUCUUUGAAUCUCACAAAGUCUGCCAAUAUUGGUCUUAUUUCACCCCAAAAUAAUAAUAACAAUAAAACAAUACAAAUAUAUUGUUUGCUUAAACAAAUUUAAACCUUUGUUUUUGUGAAUUAAGCACAUUUUUCAAUUGCAUUCUCAAUAUUAUUCUCAAUUCUGUAAUACAAAAAAAUAUAUAUAUUAUAUAGUACUUAAAUCAUAAAUUAUUUAUAGAUCAUAGAAGUAUUUACUGCUUGGGAAAGCUUAAUAUAUACAAAAGUGUCACAAUUUUGAAACUCUUAAUAAUUAUUUAAAAAGACUUAUGUUUAUGAAAAAUAUUUGUACCCUUUUUGAUUUAAUGGUUAUGAUUUAAGAUAUUUUUCUUGGGAUUCACCCUUGUAUACUCUCUGAUGGAAUCAGCCAAUCAAACACUGACACCUUCCUUUUGCCUUUGUGAUGGGCAUGUGGUUGGGCUUCUUUUCCUGCCUCUUAUUUUUUGUUACAGAUCUGUAUGUUUCUUGCCUUUAUUUUCCAUCUCCUGCACUUUUUCUUAACGGAACCCACGUGAGCCUCUGUGUUGUGACCCACUCAGGGAUAAAAGAACCAAGGAGUGGUUCGUUCUUAAGAUGGUUUGUGUGUGUGUGUGUGUGUGUGUGUGUGUCUGUGCUUAUAUGGGUUCUUGACUACACAACUAAACCAGAGCUUUUAAUAUGCUUGUAGUGCACUACCCAGCCAUGAUUCAGCCAACCCAGCGAAUGCAUAAUUACCUGCGUUCGUUAGCCCCUCAUUUGUAUACCACUGCUGUAUAGAGGCUUUAAGGAGCUAACCAUAAUGUAAAUAUAGAGUACAUUUGAAAUGAUAAAUGUUUAAGCCUUUAGAUUGUAUUUGAAUUUGUAUUUUUGUAUAGAACAAUGAAAAAUCUGACUUUGCAUGUAAGAUAAGAGAUGUGACUCUGAACAGCCUUUUACUGACACUAGUGUAUCUCUUAUUCAGUACUGUUCACAUGUAUGUAGUUCUUCACACAUAAGGGUAGAUGUUGAAUCUCAAGAAAACCGUGUGAGUCAUAUUUUACCUAAAAUGUGACGAAAAAAUCUCUUACUAUAAUGCAAAAGUGAUUUUAUUUAAAUUGUGAAGUAUUUGUUCAUCAUGGUAGUAUUUAUUGAGCUAAAUUGAAUUUAGGAUGAUUUUUCUAUUUUAUUUAAUGUAUGAUUACUUUAAUUGUAAUGUUAAAAGUAAUGUCGCAGGCAUAAAAUAUUGCCAUAACUUUCAAAUAAUAAUGUUGCAAUGCAUUCGGUUUUGCCGCAAUUAUUGAGUAAUGUCGAAGGUAAUUUCGCGAUGUAUUAAAUAUUGCCACAAUUAUUAAGUAAUGUGUCAAUGCAUUAAAUAUUACUUAAAUUGAGUAAUGUUGAAAAUAAUGUAGCAAUGUGUAAAAUAUUACUGUAAUUAUUGAAUAAUGUGGAAAAUAUGGCAUUGCAUAAAAUAUUACCGUAAUUGAGUAAUGUGGCAAUUAAUAAAAUAUUACCAUAAUUCUUGAGUAAUGUGGCAAUGAAUAAAACAUUGCCGUAAUUAUUGAGUAAUGUGGCAAUUAAUAAAACAUUGUCGUAAUUUUUGAGUAAUGUGGCAAUGAAUAAAUCAUUACCGUAAUUAUUGAGUAAUGUGGCAAUGAAUAAAACAUUGCCGUAAUUAUUGAGUAAUGUGGCAAUGAAUAAAACAUUACCGUAAUUAUUGAGUAAUGUGGCAAUUAAUAAAAUAUUAUUGUAAUUUUUGAGUAAUGUGGCAAUGCAUAAAAUAUUACCGUAAUUAUUGAAUAAUGUGGCAAUGCAUAAAAUAUUACCGUAAUUAUUGAGUAAUGUGGCAAUGCAUAAAAUAUUACCGUAAUUAUUGUGUAACGUGGCAAUGCAUAAAAUAUUACCGUAAUUAUUGAGUAAUGUGGCAAUUAAUAAUAUAUUACCGUAAUUAUUGAGUAAUGUGGCAAUUAAUAAAAUAUUACCAUAAUUAUUUAAUAAUGUGGAAAGUAAUAUGGCAAUGCAUAAAAUAUUACCAUAAUUAUUGUGUAAUGUGGCAUGAAUAAAAUAUUAUUGUAAUUCUUGAGUAAUGUGGACAAUAAUUUGGCAAUGCAUAAAAUAUUACCGUAAAUAUUGAAUAAUGUUGAAAGUAAUAUGGUAAUGCAUAAAAUAUUACUGUAAUUAUCAAGCAGUGUCGCAAUGCAUUAAAUAUUGUUUAUAAUUAUGAAGUAAUGUCAAAAGCAAUUACACAAUGCUUAACAAAUUACUGUAAUAAUCUAAUAACGACGAAAACAAUGAUACAAUGCAUACAAUAUACAUUUCUCUAAAUUAGGCAUUAUUUUUAAUAAGCAGAAUGUUUCUAUUAAUUAUGUCAAUAGCUAUUUUAUUUAUUUUAUUAUUAUCAUUUUGGGGUAAAAUAUGACCCAGACAUUCUUCAUGAGGUUCACUGAAAUUGACUCGUGUAGGACAGAAAUUGCCUUACAACCAUUCAGAGUUCUUUCAUCUCAGAUAUGUAUUGUAUUUGAUUUUCCACAUCAUUUCAUGUUCCUCACUGUUUCAGAUAUCUCUUACAAUGGACUAGAAAAUAAUAUUUUAUUUGGUUAGAUAGAGAGCGUUUGUCCUGUCUGGUGCCAAGUAAAACAUGACUUGUCUUUGUUGUUUAGUGAAGCCCUCACUCAUGGUACGUUACUUCUGUAGGUCAUCAUAUAAUCUGUGUAUCUCUCUCCCUCAAAAUUCAUACAUUUUGUUUAAUAAUUACAGCUGAAUGUAUGUUGAUCACUUGUGUGCAGUACCUUUGAUAUUCAUCCACUACAUUUGUGUGUGUGUGUGUGUGCCCCCCCAUGAAUGGGAACUGGAGCAUAGUAAUCCUUAUAGUUUGAACAAUGCGGUAGUUUUUCCAUAAACUAAUGAACUGUUCAUUUUUAAUGAGAUGGCACUUACUGUGGGGUCCAGAUGAUAUAUAUAAUCAAAACAUAUCUUAAUAAUUUACCUCCCACCCCCCCACACUUUUCAUGUAGUUUGGACAUGCUCCAUGAUGUAAAAUUAGUUUAGAAGCCAGUUUUUAUUCAACCCCUAAAACAAGUAACUAUGCAAUGUGGCGUAGAGCAUUGAGAAUACUGCAGAAAAAAACUUCCAAUCAGCCAAGCUUUACCUCCCUCCGUUCAUGUUCACAGGCAAAUUAUCAAGUGUCAGGAUUCAGUACUUAGAUAUUUAUCAUAUGCAAGUCAUUAGAGCAAAAGAGUUGUGUCCUACUGCAAUGAAUAUUUCAUGUAAACUUUACAAGCCUUUUUUACUUUAAACAUGUGUUUUUAUGCUCGCCCAUUAUUUUGUUGCAUGUACAGUUAUGUUUGAUGUGAUUUAAUAAUGUAUUGUGUUUCACUAUGUAUCUGGGCAUUGCAAUGUGUAUUUUCCUGUUGAAAAUGAAUACGGCCUCAACUUUUUAAUUGAGCCCAUUUAGGUGGUGUCUGCUUAUGUCAUGCACAGGCUUAAAUCUUGCGUUUGUUAUAACAUUGGUAAAAGUCGCUUGAAAGAGGUGUUUGCUUAGACCUGCACAGGUUUUUAUUCUUGCUCAAAAUCAACUUUGGGUCUUUCCACAUUUAUUUCCAGUCAUUCCACCUUUGUCAGGUGCCAACUUCAUCAUUCUAUCAAGUUUGUAAUUCACAGGUGGGUGUUUUGAAGGCAUUCUAACAAAACUCCUGAUUUGGUAUUUGAAAUUAACAAAUGUGGGUCCUUUUCGAGACACGUGUUUGCUUUACAUUAAUGAUAUUUAUUCUGAAAGUCUGAUUCUGGCAGCAUUUAAGGACACUGGGCAUUUGGAGUGGAAAAGUUCAACUGGCCUGUCAGAUGAGUCCUAAAAGCUGAUGUCGUAGAGGAAACAAAAUGCUUCCAUAAGGACUGCUUUUGAUACCCAAAGUGUGAGGAAACUGUAAAGAGCUGUAUUUUUAAAGAAUGUAUAAUGUGAAAAAUUCUCAUAUGCUUGUUUUGUAUAAAGUAUUAUGGCAAAGUAAUAACUUUUUGAAUCAAAAAGCAAUACAAUA